CGCUGUGAAUUAGUCAGUACAGCCAAACGCGCAUUCCCGUGGCUUUAAGGCUUUGCAGACCCCCAAGCAGGAGGCAGCGAAGGCAGAGUGCUCACAGCAGCGUGUUCUGGAGGUUUUUACGGGGGAAGUCGAGCCACUUUUGUGUGCGCAGGGCAGCGGGCGAUGCCUCCUCUGUCCAUGAGGGGACACCUCACGUGAGGGGGGAACUUGCGUUCCCGCCUGACAGGGCUGUGGCUGAAUUCAGUGACGGCUGCUCCUCUACCAUGAAAUAAUAACAAUUGACUGGGGAGAGACAGCAAACUCCUGUACAAUUUGGGGCGGCAGCGGGAGCGCCCCGGUUUGGGUGUUUUUGGAUGUUUUUGGGUGUUUUUGGCAGGCGCCGGCGGGGCUGCGGAAGGGGGGCCAAGAUGGCGGCGGCCCCGCGCGGCCCGCGGCUGAGGGGGCGAUGGCGAGCGCGGGGCCCUGAGGGGCGCGGGGGGCGGCGCGGAGGAGGAGGAGGAAGAGGAGGAGAGGAGGAAGAGGAAGAGGCGCUGCCCGGCGGGUCAGGGCGGGGAAGUCGCCGCCCGAAGAUGGCGGCCGCGGCGGGGCCACACGCCGGGGCUGCGGCGGAGGCGCGGUUCAUCAGCAGCGCCAAGGGAAAGGGCUUGUUCGCCACCAAAAACAUCCGCAAAGGAGAAACAGUGUUCGUGGAGAGGCCGGUGGUGUCAUCGCAGUUCCUCUGGAAUGCGCUGUACAACUACCGAGCCUGCGAUCACUGCCUGCGGGCUCUGGAGACGGCGGAGGAGAACGCCCAGCGCCUGCUGGGGCAGAGCUCUCUGGUGCUGCCCCACCCCGAGCAGUGCAGCACCCGCAAGGAGCUGCACCAGCAGUGUCCCCGCUGCCAGGUGACGUACUGCAGUGCAGAGUGCAGGCAGGCAGCUCUGGAGCAGUACCACCAGGUGCUCUGCCUCGGGCCAUCCCGGGAUGACCCCACACACCCCCUCAACAAGCUGCAGGAGGCAUGGAGAAACAUGCAUUACCCCCCAGAGACUUCCAGCAUCAUGCUGAUGGCCAGGAUGGUCGCCACCAUCAAACAGGCUAAAGACAAGGAAUGGUGGAUCAAGGCCUUCUCCCAGUUCUGCAGCAAGACAGCAAAUGAAGAAGAGGAGAUUGUGCACAAGCUGCUGGGGGACAAAUUUAAGGGCCAGCUGGAGCUGCUGCGCCUGCUCUUCACCGAAGCCCUGUAUGACGAGUAUCUCAGCAGGUGGUUCACUCCUGAAGGCUUUCGGUCCCUCUUUGCCCUCGUGGGGACCAAUGGCCAGGGCAUAGGAACCAGCUCCCUCAGCCAGUGGGUGCACGCCUGUGAUGCUCUGGAGCUGCCCCUGCUGCAGCGGGAGGAGCUGGACGCCUUCAUUGACCAGCUCUACAAGGACAUUGAGAAGGAGUCAGGAGAGUUCCUCAACUGCGAGGGAUCAGGGCUCUACGUGCUGCAGAGCUGCUGUAACCACAGCUGCAUCCCCAAUGCUGAGACAUCCUUCCCAGAAAACAACUUCCUCCUGCAUCUCACUGCUCUGGAGGACAUCGAAGCAGGAGAGGAAAUCUGCAUCAGUUACUUAGACUGCUGUCAGAGGGAGCGGAGCAGACACAGCCGCAACAAGAUACUCAGGGAGAACUACUUGUUUACCUGCUCGUGUCCCAAGUGCCUGGCACAAGCCGACGACGCCGACGUGACGUCGGACGAGGAGGAGGAGGGCGAGGGGGAGACGGACGAUGCAGAGCUGGAGGAUGAGAUGACUGAUGUGUGAUCCUGGCCAGGGCAGGAGGGAAGGGAAGGGCCUGGAGGUUCCUCCAAGAGGCAGCAGCUUUAAUAUAGAACAGGGUUGUGUUGUGGGGUUGGGUGGGUGCCCUGCUCCCGCCUGUCCGUGCUGUCCCUAUGUGUGAGUGUGUGUGUGUCUGUCUGUCUGUCCCUGUGUGUGAGUGUGUGUCUGUCUGUGUGUGUCUGUGUGUGUGUCAGGCUGUCCCUGUCCUCCCUGGGAGGACAAGCUGGGAGCCAGUGGGCCUCCACCACAUCCCAGUUCUCUACAGGGCUGGCUGGUGCUUGCAGGGGAGGCUGGAGGAGAGUGGGACCCAGCCAGCUCCUGGGACACCACUGUGAGGUCACUCUGCUGUGUGUGUGCAGGUGCUUGUCCUUCCCAGCUGCAGGGACAAGGGGAAUGUGUGUGUGUGUGUGUGUGUGUGUGUGUGUCUGUGCACGAGGGUACUAUUUAAUGUCUAUAUUAGCACUAUCUACACACUAUGGAGCCAGGGCCCUUACAUAUCCUCCAUUCCAUGCCUUGCCCAGCACUGAGGGGCAGCAGGAUCUUGCAGGAGGGUGGCCCAGAGCUGGAGUCCAGCAGGGAGAGCAGAGCUGACCCUGCAGAGCCUUCCCAGCUCAGCCCAUCCUUCCCAUGACACAGAGCCUUGGGCAGCGACUGCAGGACCAUUUGGGGAUGGAGAAUGGCCAGGAGCUGACACGAGCUGUGGUGUGAUCCCACAUCCAGAAGACAUUUUGGGUUUUGCAGGGAGGGAGCUGUCCUUCUCUCCCUCCUGCCAGCUGUGGGACGAGGCUGUGCCCAUGCAGGAGUGGCCAUGCUGGGGAUGCAGCGUGUGCUGGCUGUGUGCUGGCUGCUUCCCUGCUCCCAGUGCUGCCACAUGGAGAUGUGCCAGUGCACAGUGGCCCCCUGGAUGUCCCCUUGUCAUCCAUCCCAUGGUGCCACCCUCAAGGUGUCCCUGUGUGCAGACUGUGGCUGCAGGGACAGCACGGCUCUGUGACAGACAGGCACCAGGACAGGGAUGCACCCGGGGUCAUCUCCUUCCUCCAUGGAUUUUGGGAGCUGUGUUCCUGCUGCCAUGUCUGUGGGACCGAGGGUGGCACAGCUGUGACACUGCCAUCACUGCCAGCCCUUCCUCCUGCUGCUUGUCCCCAGCCAUGCCAGGGCCACAUCCCCUUCAGUGUUCCUAAUAAACCGAGCCUGGUGACA